AUGUCCCUGCUACCUCUAUUCCUCCUGUUGGCCCUGUCCGGGCUGGUGAGCGAAACAAUGGGUCAAGCUUCAACCUGGAUAUUCCGUAUCGAUUCCGUCCAGAGCUAUGAGACCGGAUCCAAUGUCGGUGCGAACUUGGUCAUCGGUACGAUAGCGCUGCCGCAGCAUCAGUACACCGCUGGGGUCUUCGGCGGUAUCGCCAACCAAGCGACCAUCCCGAACAGCAGGGGCAUCGGGAACCACGAGACCAGACCGUCAUAUCCCGACAACGUCAGCUUCGUCAUUGUGGUCUAUAAUGCUGUCGGCAAUCCUAGAGCCGCCAACGACACCUUGUGGAAACUCGUAGAAGCAGCUCCCUCUACCAUCCCCAACCCUACCAAUGAUGAACACGCUGUCUUAUCGUACGACGCCUCCUCGUUCGCGAAGGAGAUGGGGCCUACUCUCACUGGCACUUGUGAUCAGCUGGUACUCUCCAAGCAGAUCAUCAUCCCAGCUGCAUUCGCGCUAAAUAGCCGAACCGUCACCUCCUACCCAGGCGUCAUCCUCGCGGACAGCUCUCAGUAUCCAGGGGCCAAAUGUCCAGGAUGGACAUACAUCAUACGGUACACCGUUUCGAGAUCGGUCGCUUAUACGCCUACCUCAGUACAGCAUAUCGGCGGCUACUGCCUCAGUCGCGCCGCCGCCAGCAAUACCUUCUGCUCAAGUAAGUUACCUGCCCCUUGGCCUAGGCUGCCUGGAUUCUCGCUGAAUCUGCAUCAGACACUCCUCCAGGGCCGGCAGACCCUCCGGAUAGAAUUCCAAAAUUUCACGAUCAACAGCCUAGCCAACAAGUUUGGUGAUUGGACAUGGGCAGGAACGGACUUUCUUCGCUUUUGGAUGACAGCCACCUCGCGCACGAAAGACGGUUACGAGGUACUCAGCCUCGAGAAUCGCUACGGUCUCGCCUCUCUGACAGGGUGCGGCCGUCCUUUUGCAAGGAAUGGGUCGCAGGGGUUCUAUAUGGACGUCACGUGGAAUGUCAGCGAGCCUUUGGGCAUCUCGUUGACGGGCGUGACCUCACGGAACUCGUCAAUCGACACGUUGGGGUCUGCCAUAAUCGACGCCGGCGCCGCCUACGCGGCUGCAUGGACCAACGCAUCCCUAUCCGGAUCCUUCAACAGCAGUUCGGGAGACCAGUUCGCCUUGUCCGCCGGGCUGAACGGCAUUACCGGCAACAAGAUCGAGCAGGCUCUGAAUGCUGUUAGAAGUCUUGCCGGCGACUGCAAUGGUGUUGUCUACCGCUUCGCCUACACUAUACCGCCUUACAUCCUUCAGAGGCUGGGAGACGGCGGCUACUUCCCAAUCAGCACUCGAUACUCGGAAAACUUCCCCGGUCUCCGCUGUGGCGUAUCCGACUACCAGGCAUUCGCCAGGGUCUCUCUGACCAGCUUUAAAUCCUCCACUCGUCGCUCUCUGCUCCCCGCUUGGGCUCAGAGAUGGACCCCUACAUCCCCAGUGCAAAACGUACAACGACGACCUCUGCCUCUCCCCGGACCGCUCCACCGUCGGGCCGACUCUUUCACUCUCACUACCGGCUCGGUCAUCGGCUCGGUCGCAAGCCAAGCGGCGUCGAGCGGCGUUCCCGCGGGUGCCUCCUUGCAGGCGCCACAAGCAAAUGCGACGGUCUUGCCGGGCGUUGCGAGUCUGCCAGCUAUAUGCGGCGCAGACAAGUCCUCGGCACAGUCGGGUGUAUCUGUCCAGAAUGCCGCUCUGACUGCAGUCUUUGCACUCUGCUCGAGCCUGCUAGUCAUUCUGUAA